UAUUUGUGUAAAUAAAAAUAAAUCGGAAUUCGGAAUCAACAAAAUAUUGACUGGCCUGGAAGCUAGUAAUUUUGUUCGAUUAUCCAAAUCACGUUUUUUUCAGAUGAAGUGAGGAUCUUGAAAAAAAUGGCGCAAAGCACCACCAGCGGCACUUCUUCCCGAAGACAUGCCAGAGAUCAUGAUACAGCCUCAAUCACAUCCUCCAGGAUUGCUGAUAUUUCUGAGUGGGAAGCCAAUGAGGCUUUGAGGCAAAGGGAACUGGAAGAAGCUAAAGGUAGGGCUGCCCAAAUGGAAAAAACGAUGCGAUGGUGGUCCGAUUGCACAGCCAACUGGCGAGAAAAAUGGAGCAAGGUCCGCAACGAACGCAACAAAGCCCGAGAGGAGUGCAAACAGCUUCGUACCAAACUGGAAUCCCUCCUAAAGGAUGGCAGUACCAGCAAAAGGGACAAAGAAGAUUUAGAGCUUCAGAAUGAUCAGCUGAAGAAGGAGAUAGAAAGGAUCCAUAUUCUGUUGCUCAAACAUGCUGGGCAGUUUGAUUCACAGAUAUUAGAAGCCCUAGGAGAUGAUCCUCUCAAGGAAUUUGGGUUUAGUAGUGAGUCACCAGUGAAAGAGAGAGAAAAUGGGGUAUCUUCCUCUCAUUCAAAUCCUGAAUGUGAUAGUACUGCAGUGGUUCAAAGUGUAGAUAGUGACAAUAUUGAAGAAUAUGUUCUUCAAGGAGCUGUACCUAGGUACCUGAAAGAAAGUGAAAGGAGAGUUGAUAGUGAACCAACAAAUGGAGUUGAGAAAAGUAGUGAUAGAGAGUAUGAUGAAGAGUGUUUUCUUCAGAAACUGUCCAUGGUUGAGCUGAGACUUGAGGAGACCACCAAAAUUUUGCAAGUUGAAAGAGAUGAAAAAUCACAACUACACCACACCAUUGAACGAUUGACAAGUGAUCUGCAAGAAGCUAAAGAAAAAUGUGAGGAACUCAGAGAUGCCAGGCAAGAUACCAUGAGAGAUAUCUUGCUUCUACAGGAUGAGCAUCAGAAGGAGCUACAGUUGAUCAAGGCUGAUCUACAGGAUGAGGCGAAUUCUAGGGAAGGGAUGGAUAAAAGACUGAGUGAUUUGAGAGCUGAGUUGGAAAGGCUCCAGGCCGAAAAUGCGGCGGAAUGGGGUAAAAGGGAAAGAUUGGAAACGGAAAAACUUGCCAUGGAAAGGGACAACAAAAAAUUGAGGAGUGAAUUAAGAGACAUGCAAGAGAGAAUUGAACGGAAAGGGAGGCCAUUAACGAAUUCAGAUGCUGAGAUAAGGCAUCUGCAGCAAGAGAUAACUGAUAAAAAUAAGGAAAUCUCGGAGUUACGGCACGCCCAAAUAAAGUACAAAAAAACCGCCCAAGACAAAACGACCGAACUUGCCCACUGUGCACGCCGCGCCGAACAAUACGAAACGGAAGUCAAAAAGCUGCGCGCGCGCAUCGAAGAACUGAAACGUGACCUGGCGGCAGCCGAGGACGAGCUGGACGCGGCGGGAAACGCAGCGCGGCGCUUGCAACGCAGCAACGAGGAGCUGCAGGAGCAGGUGGACGGUUUGCAGGUGCAGCUGCAGCAUCUGCACACCAGUAUGGAAAAGGAAGAUGGUGGGGAGGAAAUGGCCCAGUUUGAUGAAAAUGAUUGUUUGCAUGGUACCCAGGCUAACAUAACUCGAUUUGUAUGACAAAGAGGCAUGAAGGCAAUUUUACAUUAGUAGACUAAGACAGGAAUGUUGAAUAGCAUGAUUAUGGUUACGUAACUGCAGUUCCUCAAGCCUACUUUCCCAUCGGGGCACAAUGCUCGAUAUGGGUAGCGACGAUGACACCAAUGAAUUUUUAUGAUUAAGUUUCCUUUCAAACAUACCACUAUACAAAUAAUCAAGAAUUCAAACCUGAAACCUUCUAUAUGUGUUCACUAAUUUAUUAUAUUUUUUUACCUGUACAAAUGAUAUGUAAAUUUUGCAAUAAAUAUUUAUUUUCAACUUUUA